CGUCUCGUAUAGCCCCCGGCUUUUAUAACUAACCCAACUUUUUUGUUAGUUGUUUUUUAGGACAGCAAGUUUCACCCCGAAUGAAUAUUUCCAUAUUAUGUAAAAAUGAUACGUAACUUUUCACCUCGUUCGCGCGCGAGAUCAAAUUGCACUUUCUCUUCUCCAAACUUUACGAUAGAAAUCGCCCAUUGUCUAUUCUGAUCCGCGUGACAUGGAUACUGGUUGGAAUUUUUAAAUUUUGAAAUGUGUUUUUAAUACAUUCCAUGGCGUGACCUAAAAUAAAAUUAUGCCAUAUCAAUUUUGUGUAGUGUUUAACUGUCAUUUACAAUUUUGAUUAAUUAUUAACUGAUUAGUUUUGGUAAGAUCCAUGCUGGGCACCUGAAAUUAUGUGCCAUUGAAUGAACAGCCUGCCAAAUAGCUAGCAGUCAAACGUGUUGAACAAAAAGUUAUUAAAAUGAAAGAGUACAACCAAGUCACUUUGCCAAACUACUCCUAUAUGUUCAAUUUUGAAUCAGACUUCAUCCAUCAGAAGACCCGCACCUGGAUGCAAGAUAACUGGACAUUGGGUUUUUAUUAUGUGGGUGCUUACAUGGUGUUCAUAUUUGGUGGUCAGUAUUUAAUGCAGAACCGUUCCCGAUUUGAACUGAGGGGCACACUGUCUUUGUGGAACACUAUUCUUGCAACAUUUAGCAUAAUGGGGGCAUGCCGGACUGUGCCUGAAUUCCUACACACCCUAACUCACCAUGGCUUGUAUCAUUCUGUGUGUGUGCCAUCGUUUAUCGAACAAGACAAGGUGUCUGGAUUCUGGACUUGGAUGUUUGUCCUCAGCAAGCUUCCGGAGCUGGGUGACACCAUUUUUGUGGUUCUCCGAAAGCAGCCAUUGAUAUUUCUCCACUGGUACCAUCACAUCACCGUCCUCCUUUAUUCCUGGUUUAGUUAUACAGAGUAUACAGCUAGUGCUAGAUGGUUCAUAGUUAUGAACUACUGUGUCCAUUCUAUAAUGUACUCUUACUAUGCCCUGCGAUCCAUGGGUUACAGCCCUCCAAGGCAGAUAGCCAUGGUUAUCACCUCUUUGCAACUGCUGCAGAUGGUGGUGGGUUGCGCUGUGAAUUUGUGGGCGCACCAGUUACUUCAAAACCAGGCCGAGUGCCAUAUUACGCCUUUCAAUAUAAAGUUGUCCAUCGCUAUGUAUUUCAGUUAUUUUGUAUUGUUUGCAAGAUUCUUUUACAAGGCCUACAUGUCCUCUGACAAGAGGGCUCGCAAAAAAGUAACGACUGAGUAUCCCUUGAUGAAAACAAAAUUACACUAAUUUAGUGUAAGUUGCCAAAAACGCCUAUUGAAGAAGAAGGCAUUUUCCUGUUUAGCCCGACAUCGAAGCUUAAUCGCACUAGUUGCGCAUUGUUAAAAUUUUAAUAUAGCAAGCGGUAGGCGUAAGUACUGCCAAAAUUUUCCAGUUUUAAAACCUUGCAUUUUGUUAAAUAGUUUUAGAAAUUUUCAUAUGCGAUUUGUACAUAAAAGUUACAAAUUUUAGGAAAGUACGUGUUUUCGUCAGUUUUAAGGGUUUCGAUCAAUUGGUUUUAUUUUACCAAGGGGUUGCCUGUUACAUUCUUAUGUAUUUUUAAUGCGGCGAAUUUGAUGGGCUAGCUAUUAGUAGUUUAGGUACCCCUUUUUGAAUAUCCAUAUAAUUUUAGUAUCCACAAUUGUAUAUUUUGUUAUUUAUUAAGUAAUCGCAGACGGACAUUUUUUUAAAAGAUUGUACAGUAUUCAUAUGCUUUGUUUUUAGAGAUUAAGUAACGGGAAAUUAAGUCCAUAGUGAAGGUGACCCCUUUUAGGUUUAUCCGUUUUUAAAAAAUGCCCAUAGGCUUCUUGCAAGUUAAAUAAAAAUUUGUAGUUGUUCAUUUGAUUUCCUGUAAGUCUCUUCAAAAUUGAAUUAGAAAUAAGUAUUUAUUUUGUAUAUCUGAUUUAAAAUGUUUGUUUUUUUUUUAAUUAAUGAUAACAUUAAAAAACUUAUGUCAGCGUUUUUUUUGUUACUGUGGUUACUCAGCAUGAGACUACCACUAAGAAAAAUAAUGCCUGUAUUGUAUUACUACCCCGAACGCAAAUCUGCCGAUAGUUUACUUAUGCAUAAUAGAAAAUAGCUGGUCUUGGUAUAAAUAGGCAAAGCAUGCUUUUUUUCAUCAUAAUGGUAAAACAAUUUUUCUCAGGAAAUUAUUAUUAGGAAAAAAUUAUUUACUCUUUAAUGUAAAAUACUGUGUACUGAUUAGGUGUGUGCAAUCACAUUAUAACGUUUUCAUUAAGCACUGUGGCGAGCCGGUUCGAUCAUUUCCGGUACUUUAGUCACGGUUGAUAUUUUGGUAUUUUGGCGUUCGUCAGUGAUCGUCACCUCACACUUCAGUCGAUCAAAAAAUCGUGUUGUUUUGCACAAAUGUACCUAAAGCUAAUGAUGCAUUCGGAUCACAUGCGCUUCUUAAACCGGGAAACGUCAUAGUCUGAGAGCCAGUGGGCGGCUACCUGCAUGUAUUUGACCAGACCUGGGUUUUUGUACAUUGAGGUCCCUAUACCUACUAUACAUGAUGUGGGGACCCAUUACGCUCAAAGCGGUGGACCCAGGUACUGCGCAGGUGAGACACGGAAGUUUUUAUUCGCCUACUUUGAAGUUGUCAAAUGGUCUCAAAUCUCUCAUUAAUCCAUUUAAAUCUACAAUCUCUCAAUAUUAAAAUGAAUAUAAUUGACAUGUUCACACAAGAACAUGACCCAACCUUUUUUGUGCUUCACAGAAUAUUGGUUUAUGGUAGUCCAAACUGGAGUUUAAUGUUUAAACAUGGAGGUAGCAUAAUUUUGAUUAAUAAUGUCGCGCAUGAAUGUUCGGAUAUAGAAGAAAUUAAACAAUUAUCCGUGGAACAAGUAUUUGAAUGUUGCGCAGUCAGUUUUGGUUUGGCAGUUAGCAAAUUGUGAAUUAUAUGCUUCUACAGGCCAUCCUUAGGGGACUAUGAUUUACUUUUAAAACAGCUUAAGGAAGUUUUGCAGUUGUGUGUUUGUGAAAUAAGAAUAGAAGGUUGUUUGACUUG